AAUUGUAAUCAUUGCGCUCAUAAUUUUUCUGUUCGAUGUCACCAGUCUUUUCCUAGCAGAUAUUACAUUUGGUUGACGUUGGCUUACUCAAAUAAUGUUUUCCGAUAAGUAUUGAACUAAUCCAUGGAUACCAAGUUUUUAUUUAAGAGAAAAAUAUUUUUUUAGUUCUUUUAACAUUUGUAAGCUUCACUUACAUGAAACCACAAAAAGUGAAACGUUUUGGGUCAUUUGGCUGCUUUUUGUAAAUAUUCGGUUGACUUUAUGGCGCAAUAACCAUAAUCUUUAAGAAAAAUGCCGCAUCGACUAGUUUUGUAGUAUUAUCUACACCCUCAGCCAAGUACAGUAAAACCUAUACAUGCCAACGUUGGAGAUGAAUUUCGUAAGAUAUAUUAUCUAUGACGCUAUGAGAUUAUGGCGACUCAGCUCUUCAAGCGGACAUAAAUUGAAAGAUCGACAAAAUUUUCUCUUUAAUUUUCUAUUCGACGUUUUAUCAAUAUUUAAAAGACCACAAUUCCGAUAUGAAAGGAACCUCAAUCAUCAACUCUCAAAACGCAUUGAUCAAUUUAAAAGUUUGUUGAUAGUGCAACGAUUGUUGAAUAUCUUCUGAAUAGUUUUGAGUCGAAAAUGGGAAUUUGCUUUGUCUGUAUACCGCCAGAUCUAAUUAAAAUAACGAAGAAACUCAGGAUCGCAUUGAAUUCAAUAAUUAUUUCUAAACUUCUCGCGGCUGUAUAUUAAUUUAUGUUGCUAAUUGCACUUUCUUCGUUUGUUACAUAGCUGCACUAACGAGAAUCACAAAAAAUCCCGUGCAGAAGAACUAAUUGGCUUUAAUACUCGCUUUAAUAAUAAUUCAAUUACUUACGUCCAGAAUUUCUAUUUUCAAUGAAAGAUCAUUCGCCAAACAAAAAUCUGUUUCAUAUCACCUUAAACGAUAAAUUGAUCAGCUCAAUGACGCGGGGUCUGUUAGUUUAAGGAAGGGAAAAAACCCUAAUUUAAAAAAUUGAACUAAUUUUUUUAAAAAAAUAAAAAGGUUUUCCAUGCUUGGACCACUUGGAAAAUCUGAUGACGGACAAAAUGAUACUUAACAGAAGACGAAGGUUAAGACGAAUGCCGUGACACCAGCGAUACCGACUCAUAUGGUACGGAUGGCACUGAUACAAUGGAAGUGUUGGAAUAUGAUGUGGCUAGCAUAACAGCCAGCGAAGUGUUUUAUUCAAAUGAUUCAUCUAGUGGAACAGACGAUUAUGUGGUUGCCGUUGCGCGUGCAAUUUUUGAUACAAGUAGUUCGGACAUGAAUGACUUGUGCUUUUUAGCGGAUACUGAAGAGUCCGAUGGACCAACGGAUGUGGAAUUAGGACGGGCGGACUAUUGGACUUGUGUCAAGUGCAAAAAUCGCCAAAAUAAUCCAAUGUAUCGAUAUUGCGAGAAAUGUUAUCAGAUACGAAAAACUCAAUUUCCACCUCGUCCCAGACAACGGAGAAGUCGUUCAAAACUCAAAAAACGUUUACCAGCAAGCCGGCGACCGGUCACAUCGUCAUCCGAUGAAAAGGAGUUCAGUUCGGACGGUGUUCAGCGGUCAUCCAUAAAGAAGAAGCGCUACUCUCGUACACGUACGACCAGCAAAACGAACAGUGCGGGUGAAACAGGGAAAAGCUCAACAGCCGACGACAACGAAUUUGAUGAUCGGGUAAAAGAAGGUCAAGGUUCAUCAAAUUUUAUUAUCAAAAAUAAGUUGUUCAAGAAUGUUGUCGACGUGGAAACGACGUCACAACUGAAAUCGACUCAAUUAAAUUUAACGAAUGCACCGUCGGCUAUCGUGCAGAAAGAUUCGGGAUUUAGCUCGUGUUUUUCGAGUCAGGAACUAUCAUCGGAUCUAGUGGCGGUAAAGAGUUUCGAUAGUCAAGAGACAUUUUGUUCGGAAUAUGAAGAAAUCGUUGGGUCGAAAAAUCGCGGUCCGUUCGAUGUAAAUACAAUGCAAGAGUCAAAAUCGUUUGAAUCGACCGCAAGUUCAGCGAUUACAAGUCAAAGUUCAAGUUUAUCGCAAGCGUCAACGAGCUCGUCAUCGACAACGUCGUCUGGUAUCCGAAGUAUGUCGUCGUGUUCCGGACCGAAUUUAUUGUACAAAAAUGUGGAAAGUGUGCCGGCACGUGUGAACAGUAAACGUCGAGCGUAUUCCGAUACCGAUGAACCGCAAUCGCAGCCGCCGAUUCUGAAACAGAUUUUUGGUCUGGAUGCGUAUGGGCCGUGUAUGAUUUGUUUGUCGCAACCGAAAGACGGCGUGUUUGUGCAUAGUCGGUUUUUACAUUUAUGCUGUUGCUAUCGCUGCGCGGUAAAGAUCUGGAAUAAGCAGAAACGGUGUCCGAUUUGUAAUUGUAAAGUGAACAAUGUUCAAAAAAUCUUUGUUCAUUAGGAUCGAAAGGAACGGUUGCCGGGAUUAUUAUUUUUUUAAAUUAGAAUAAACGCGGACGGGACGUUCGAUGUGAGAGGUAUAUAUAUAAAAAGGCAAAACGGAAUACAAGACUAACUUAAUUAAUUUUGUUGCAAAUUGUUGCACAAUGAUCGUGUACAUAGAGAGUUAAAUAUCACACAUUUUUCAUGUGAUCUAUAUUAGGUUCUUCAAAUUCGACCGCGUCACCUAGUUUCAUAAUUUUAUUUUAUCCUUAAAACAUAGACCGGGAAAUUUAUAUAUAAAAAAAAACACUAGAGAUUAAUCGAGGCGGAAACGAAUUUCAAAAUUUCUUUCUUUUGUUUCGUUUGAAUAUACGUGAAAGAACGGGACGUGAUUUCUUUUCAAUCGGUCGAUGGGGUCAAUCAAACUGUCGCCGGUGUUUAUGAAUUACAUAUUUCUGAAAAUCAACUCAAAAUAUCUUUUGUUUCUUAAACAGAGUCAGUUUCACAACUUUUUCUUUUGAUAAUAUUUCUGUCUGGAUGUUGGGACGUAUACCAUCAGAGUUACCAAUUAUAACUUAACACCACUAAAUUGGCUAAAAAUUCACUGAGAAUCACACAAAUUCUGGCGAUUAGUUUUCCAAACAUUAUACCUGUAUGUGGUUCAUAAACCGUUUGUUUGCAUCUUACAACCCGAUUCCGUCAAACACUUUGGACAGAUUUAUUUGGUUCACUGACGUGAAGAUGUACAUAAAGAUUAGCCGUUCAGAGUAGGUUCCUUGUUGUGAUAUACGCCAUGGGUUGCGUAAACUUUUUGAUCCAAAAUGUGCCUUAAAUACUUAAAGAAAAUAAAAAUACAACCCGUUCGCGACACCCUUGGACGCUUUCUCUCCAGAAUAUUUAUGUCUAAUAGCUUCAUCUUUCUGAAUUUUAUGAUUGAAUUGAGCUUUGACAGCGGGACAAAAAUUUCCUGACAUCUUUCGAUCAUUUCUCAAUGACACCAAUGGCUAUUUGCAUGCAAAAAGGAAACUUGAGAAAACAAAUGUUCAUUAAUCAACCGAUUAAAUGGUGGGUGAAUCAAAUGUCCGACAGGCCAGAUAAUAUUAACAGAAGAAACAUUUUGACACUGACGCUUAAUAUAUUCGUCACUCAUAUACAGAUAACAUGCCGCCGGAGUUGUUCAAUUUUGUUGUAAAUAAUAAUUUUUUAUCGGAAUCUUUAUUCUCUAAUUUAUUUUCUUUAUUUUUUAAUUUUUAUUUUUUUUAUCGAUGAAUUGAACAGCUCAUCAGUGUGGCAUGAGUAGCUUUUUGUAUACUAAAACUAAUAUUUUCUUUGUCAAUUUCGGAAUUUGAAAUUUUAUUUACUUCUCCAGCAGUCGAGCAUUGAAGUGUUUACACUUAAUUGAAGCCGAUGUGCUACGCUUAAUUAUUGCUAAAAUUUAUGGAGUCUGGAGCCCUAUUCUCAAAUCGCUAGAAUGUGACGUCGUUUUAUUAUGAAAUAUGACGUUAUUAUUCAGCCGAGGUUCAUGUAUUCUACAGUUAAUGUCAAUCAAAUUUGUUUUACUUCAGCUGUUUUACCAGCUGAUCCACUCAUAAAACACAUUGCCUUAACGGAUUUCAUAGUCACGUAUACGCGUGAUAAAACCGUCUAACAAUGCGUAAGCAAAGCAGUUCGAUUGUAUGAGUGGACCAGUUGGUAAAGCAGCUAAAAAAAACGUUGAUAUGAACAGUACUUCGAAAGAAUGUAUCGCCGAUUCAAUUAUGUCGGACGUGAUAAAUAGCUCAAGUAAAAAUGCAUCGUUUCCGUGAAUGAAGUGAUUUCAAGUUCUGAAAAUGAUUGAUUUUCUUUUACUUUUCAAUUUAAAACAAAAUAGAAACGAACGUUUAAUUUCUUCAUGAAUUGAAUGUUUGUUUUGACUUUUUGUGACAGUAACAACAAAUUGUUGUUUUUAAAAAAGAAAUCUAUUUAAACUCUAAGACAAUUGAAGCGUAUAUAUUGCUCCGGUAUCAUUUACUUAAUAUUUGAUACCCGUUGCAAUGGUAAACAAGUUUUUAUUUACAUGAUAAAUAAUCAUUUGCACUGACCUUUAUACAAUUUUUUUUUUACAAAAGAAAAUUUUUUAUAAUUUUUUUUUUUCAUUUAUUGACUAUUGUGUAGUUUCCUCCUACAGCUGGAUUACUGUUUAUAACGAUGACAUAAAAAAAGAGCCAGAUACACAAAAAAAAGACAAAAAAAGUAUUUUGGGAGAGUAUGCAGAAAAAUUGUGGCCAGAAAAGCAGAAAAAAAAAUAAAAACAAAAAAAAAAUAAAAAAAGAGAAAAAUAAUACAAACUUCUUUCCACAGCUUAAGAAACUGUGUUUUAUUUUUCAAGAAGCAAAAAAAAGGAAAAGAAAAAAACUCAAAAAAAUAAAAUUGCCAAAAAAAAGUCUCCCAAGAAAAAAAAGCUAAAAGCGAAACACAAAAAAGAAAUUUAUUCAAAUCAAUCCUAUUUCUCAUAUUUCUUUUCUUUCCUUCAUAUUCCUACUACACUACUACACUAUUAAAAUCGAAAAGACUGUAAAACUAUCAAACUAUUAGCAUAACAUACUUCACAAAGCCGAAGAAAGAACCAGCAGUUUGGCUGCAAUAUCAAGUGUAAUAUGAAAAUAUCUCCAUUUGUCGAUACAAGUAACGAAGUGGAUAAACAAAGAAAACUCCAUUUCGCUACGUGCAUCGAACAAGAAUUUUUUCUUUUGUAAUUUGGUGAUGAGAAAGCGUUACAUUCGUCAAUGCAACGUAAUGUUCGUUCUGUGUUCAACGUUCCGUAAUUCAUUGUAACAUUUGGAGUCUGUCGACUACGAUACUGAAAUGAUACACAAAAUCUCUGAAAUUGCCAAAUUACAAAA